UUGCACGUACGUCAUGAUCGUAGGUACAGUGCAAUGAAUGGGCAGUUCUCACGUGUGGACUAACUGAAUUUGCGCGCGACAAUUAUUGGGACUGUCGACGAAUUAAAAGGAAAAAGCAGGUAAUAUAGUUCAAACGAAUUUUCAUCACAAAGAGAACCUGUGUCAUACAGAAAAAUGAAUGCAGACUCAAUCACUCCAGGUGUCACGCCCAACGAUCCCAUCGCUACAUUCAAGCUUGUAUUAGUUGGUGAUGGAGGUACCGGUAAAACAACGUUCGUGAAAAGGCAUCUCACAGGAGAGUUUGAGAAGAGAUAUCUUGCAACACUUGGUGUUGAGGUCCAUCCACUUGUCUUCUACACAAAUAGGGGUCCCAUCAGAUUCAAUGUAUGGGACACAGCAGGUCAGGAGAAGUUUGGAGGACUUCGAGAUGGUUAUUACAUCCAAGGGCAGUGUGCCAUCAUCAUGUUUGACGUCACUUCAAGAGUCACAUACAAGAACGUGCCCAACUGGCAUCGUGACUUGGUGCGAGUAUGCGAGAGCAUCCCCAUCGUGCUCUGCGGCAACAAGGUGGACAUCAAGGAAAGGAAAGUCAAAGCAAAGACCAUCACCUUCCACAGGAAAAAGAACCUCCAAUACUAUGACAUCAGUGCUAAGAGCAACUACAACUUUGAGAAGCCUUUCUUGUGGCUUGCCCGUAAACUGUGUGGAGAUGCCGAGAUGAACUUUGUUGAGAUGCCAGCCCUGAAGCCACCUGAAGUCCACAUGGACCCCAAUCUUCAGAAGCAGUAUGAGACUGAACUUCAGGAGGCACAAAACACUGCGUUACCGGAAGAUGAGGACGACAUAUAAACUCAUCUGCUUUAUUCAGUCACCAUCAUAUUAUUUGUUAACCUAGCUUUAUGAAUACAAGACUAAUGUUUGUGUGUUGUCUAUAGCCGUGAGGGGAUGUUUUUGGUCAGAAAAAGAUGAAUUCCUUUGUAAAAAAACUAUAAAAAAAUUGAUAAGAUUGGUAAAAACUGGUCAUGUCAAAUAUUAUGUUGUUGCAAGGAAUACACUUGCAUACUCUGCCACUUUGCAUAUUUGUCUUCUUUUUUUUUAAUGGGAGGGAAUGAUGCAUUUGCCACUCAAAGGCUCCAAAAUCAUCUGUUCUGUGGGACUGUAGCAGGCAUACAAAGUAAUUUUCUUUUUAUUUAUACACUGUUCAACAUAAUAUUGUGUGAUAUAAUAUAUUCAAUUCAAAGGGUUUUUCUUCUGCCUAGUUCCUGCUUUAGAUAUUAACAAACUAUGUUGAUUGUAAACUACAUUUCUGUUUACCUCAGAAUACCUAUUAUCAUGAACACACUGUAUUAUAAUUGAUAAAAAAGGAACUGGAUGUUCUGAAAAAACAUGUACAUUUUAUUGGUAUUCCUUUUGUUCUGAACAUGCAAAAAGGAAAAUGUAAAUAGGUAAUUUUGAUUUAAUAUUUUUGGUAAGUUGUUUAAAGUAGUUCAGGUAUCAGAUUGAAUGCUUCUGUAAACUUCUUUUCACUAAGCAUGAAUCUCUGUGAAGAGAAAAACAUCUGAAUUUGACAUUCUUUUUCAGUGAUAAAAACAUCAAAUUCAUUGGAUGAAAACAAACGUUGUAAUAUAGCUGUAUAUGAAUUCAUAUAUGGUCAUUUGACUGUACAUCAACAUUUAUUUUUCCAAUUUUGUUUUAUUUUUACUGAAGGUGAUGUUUGUUUAGAAUCAAAAGGUUGAUAACUGUGAAUCCCUUUUAAUUCUCAUCAAAUAUUAUCUAUUUUCUUAAAGAAGAUGACGUAUUCCACCAUUUUGUUUUUCUAUUGGUAUUUGUUAUCAUAUUUAAUGUAGUUUGUAUGUAAAGCUCACGUGUAUGUUCUGAGUGAAAAAUCUUUUUGUCAUCCAGACUUCCGCUUACAUAGUCAGGUUGGGCCAAUAUCAGGGAACUAUGCUCUAAUUAAAGCGCAUCUUGUCGAAGAUUAAAAUACACUAAAGGAUGAGGAUAGUCAUCUCUUUCUUUCAUUUCUUUUAAAGCAGCCUAUUUCUAUUCUUAUAUUUCUUAAUAAAAAUACAUAUUGUUAAUUCAAUCAUGUAUUAUAUAAAAAAUGUGGGAGUGGAAAGAGGGAUAAUUUUUUUUUAUUCUGUCUAACAUUUCAUUGGUUAAAUGUCAAUUUGAAUUCCAUGUUAGCUCAAGUAGCUACAAGUUCAUAUGAUUCUCACAUUCAUAUUCAUAUAGGAGAAAUGAAAGUGCUUUAUAUGUAUGCCAUUGGACUUGAGGAAUAUGAUAUAUAUACAUUUCUGAAUGUUUGUGUUAGCCUUUUUUAAACUUGAUUUCUCCAGACUGCUAUUUCACCAGGGUUGCUGUGAAACUUAUCCAAUAUUUGAAUAAACUAGGGUAGCGCUUUGUGACCUUCUCGUAUUUAUGUUUUACCGAUCGGAUACAAGAAAUCGUUUCGCCAGUGUGAAGAUUCUGUAUCUAUUUUAGGAUGUUGAAGAAAUCCUCGCUCAUCUUAACAGGCCCCAAAUGGUUUAUUCUAUUCAUGCUCCCAUUUGUUUUGAAUUGUGAAAAUAAACAUGUACCAGUGUCAACUUUUCAAUGUAGUUCAGUUUUUCUGAAGCGAGAUUGUUUUCAAUCGUAUGUCGAGCUUUGCUGCACUAGGAGAACGCGUAAAUCCUUUCGUUGCAAAUUCAAUUCCGUUAAAAAAUCCAAAACAUGGAGCUAAGACAAAUUCUUACUUCCCGCAUGAAUAGAAAUAGAUACGAAAUCGAUUUGUAAAUUCAUCUUUAAUUACUUCUAUUUUCAGAUGUUCCUGGAAGAACGUUUUGUAAUGAUUUUUGAAAUGCAUUGUAAAUGUAUAUGUCUAUCACGGAUGACAUUCAAAUUGUGAACUAAAAUUAAAAUCAAAAUGGUUUGAAUUUGCAAAA